AUGGCAAGUAACAACUCAACUACCUCUACAACAACUCAGCAAGUACGUGGACGUCAACACAUCGAUAUGCAAAGAAUCCACAAUGUUCUGCUGAUCUGGUUAGAUGCCAACAUUGAUGAGAACAACGAAGAUUGUCAAAAUACAAUGAAGCAUCUUCGACGCGCUGUUAAUGAAUUAAACGCCUAUACUGAUGGUGAAGAAUGUAUUCAAUUCAUCAAAACGAUCAAAGACCGCAAGGUAUACAUGAUCAUUUCUGAUUCACUUGGCCAGCAUAUUGUACCUCGAGUACAUCAUCUGUUUGGAGUAGAUUCGAUAUUUAUCUUCUAUGGUAACAAACAACGACACGACGGGGGGGUAAAAGAUUGGCCAAAAAUCAGAGGAGUUUUCACAGAAAUCAAACCCAUCUGUGCAGCUCUCAAACAAGCAGCUCAACUAUGUGAACAAAAUGCUGUCUCCAUGAGCUUCGUAGCAUCAGGUGAAAAGUUGGAUCAACUAGAUCCUUCCUUCAUGUACACCCUGAUUUUGAAAGAGAUUUUACUGACCAUCCAAUUCGACAACGCACAUAUCCAAGAUUAUGUGAACUAUUGUCGAGAAGUUUUCGUUAAUGAUGAUCAAGAAGUGGAAAAUGUGAAUCUACUGGAAAGGAAAUACCAUGAGGAAACGCCUAUCUGGUGGUAUACUUUUGACUGUUUCUUCGUCCGUAUGCUGAAUCGAGGAAUACGACUGAUGGAUGGUGAUAUCAUGACACGAAUGGGUUUCUUCAUCAAUGACUUACAUCGAUGUAUUGACUCUGUGAACAAGGAACAACACAUUGAUUAUACUUUCACAGUCUACCGUGGACAAGGAUUAUCAUUGACAGAUUUCGAGCAACUGAAGCAAACAAAAGAUGGACUCAUGUCGUUUAACAGCUUCCUAUCCACAACAAUUCUAUUUGUGAUGACAGUCGAUCCAAAACAAUCGACAGCAACAUUUGCUUUUAUUCGCGAUCUUAGUGCAAUCGAAGGUCAAGAUGAAGUGCUCUUUGCAAUGCACAGCGUGUUUCGAAUUCAAGAUGUCAAGGCAACGGGCGGAGAUAACAAACUAUUCGAAGUGAGUUUGACACUGACGAGUGACAAUGACAAAGAAUUACCUGAGUUAACUGAACAAAUACGACAACAGAGUUUUCCUGACGUUGAGAGUUGGCACAGGUUGAGCCAGUUACUAACUAAACUACGUCAAAAUGAGAAGGCUGCAGAGAUCUACGAAAUGCUACUUGAUCAAACAACGAAGGAAAGUGAAAAGGCGCCAGUUUAUCAUCAACUUGGUUUGAUCAAAGACAACCAAGGAGAAUAUGAAGAGGCCAUUCGAUGGUAUGAACAGUCACUUACCAUCUAUGAAAAAACUCUUUCUCCUCAAGAUCCUGUGUUGGUUGCAUCUUACAAUAACAUUGGUAACGUGUAUAAGAACGUGGGUGACUAUCCAAAAGCAUUUUCAUAUUACGAAAAAGCCCUUGCAAUCAGUCAACAAUCACUUUCUCCAAAUCAUUCUCAUCUGGCUUCAACUUACAACAACAUAGGUUUGGUAUAUGACAACAUGGGUGAUUAUCCACAAGCACUUUCAUAUCAUGAAAAAGCCCUUGCAAUCAGUCAACAAUCACUUCCUCCAAAUCAUCCGCAUUUGGCCGUAUCUUUUGGACAUAUAGGUAAUCUAUACAAGAGCACAGGUGACAAUUCCAAAGCACUAGCAUUUUGUGAACGUGCUGUAGAAAUUGCACAACAACCAUUACCAUCAGAGCAUCCUCAUCUUUUGUGGUACGAAAAGAACUUAGAUGAUGUGAAGAAGUUGUUGUAA